AUGUGCCUGUCCAUCAGUAUUUUCGCCGCGUGGUACUCGUCCUCGAACCUCUAUGAUGGCAUCAACAGCAGGAGCAUCGCUGCCUCGAGUAUCGACCUGGCCCUCUAUGCUACCCACCUUAUUUGCGCCAUUGGAACCAUGGUCUACACCGCAAAGGCCCGCAAGAAGGUCCUCGGCACCCCGCUGCAAAAGCCCUCGAGCCUCAUGCUCACAUGCGCUAUUCUUUGGCUGCUCCGCAAUGUGUGGGCGCUGCUGUACAGCAUCUUGGUAAAUUUUCUGAUCUCUUUCUACUAUGAUGGGAUGUACGACUGGGGCUACAUCGUCGACAUCUUCCUUUACAACUGGAUGGCCUUUGUUAUCCUCGUUCUUCUGUACGUGCUGGCCACCAUGGAAAAGUAUGCCAUGUCGCAGCUUCAAGAACAGGAGCAGCCACCCAAGGACAUGGACAUAGAGGCUUUGUAA